CAACCGCCAAUCGCCGCGCUCUUUGUUGUUGUUCUGUCGGCAUGCUGCCUUAACACAAACAGUUAGAAACGUUUCUUUUAAGAGAAAAAUACAGUUUCUUAAUCAGAUCAGUAAAUAGGCGUACAUGUAAUAUUUUCAUCUUCACAGUCGUCUAAGUUUUGAAUCACGCAGGAAUAUCUGGAGGAGUAUCAGCUGAACUGAGAUCUGCUGCUGUGAAAAUGAUGUUUGUUAAAGAGGAGAGAGAAGAGGACACGAGUGAACCAGAAACCUGGAGAAUAAAACACGAGGAACCAGGAACAUGGGGAAUAAAACCAGAGGAACAAGAAACCUGGAGAAUAAAACACGAGGAACAAGAAACCUGGGGAAUAAAAUUUGAGGAACCAGAAAAAUGCGGAAAAGAAGACGAGGGACCAGAAACCGUGAGAAUAAAACACGAGGAACCAGAAACAUGGAGCAUAAAACCAGAGGAACCAGACACCUGGGGAAUAAAACACGAGGAACCAGAAACCGUGAGAAUAAAACACGAGGAACCAGAAACCUGGAGAAUAAAACAAGAGGAACCAGAAACCUGGAGAAUAAAACAAGAGGAACCAGAAAGAGAGUUAAUUGAAGAAAAAGAGGAGAAUGAAGAAUCAAGUGAAGUUGAGGAAAAAAAUCACGUCAAAACUGAUGGAACACCUUUGAGUUUCUCUCAAAGCAAACAGAAAGAUUUAAAGAAAAAAAGAGCAAAGAAGUCCUUCAGCUGCACUCAGUGUGGAAAGAGAUUCACACACAAAACCGGUUUUGAGUGUCACAUGAGAGUUCAUGCUGGAGAGAAACCAUUCACUUGUGAUCAGUGUGGGAAGAGUUUCACACAAUCAUCAAACCUUAAUAUACACAGGAACAUCCACACUGCAGAGAAGAAGCACGCAUGUGUUCAAUGCGGUAAAAUGUUUUUAUGGGUUUCACUUCUGAAGAAACACUUGAAAGUUCAUGCAAAGGAGAAACCACAUCCAUGUUAUUUGUGUAGUAAGAGUUUUUUGCCUCUACAAAGUUUGAAAGUACAUCAGAAAAUACAUACUGGUAAAAGAGGGUACAUGUGCUUUGAGUGUGAAAAGACUUUUAGUUCAGCAAGCAGUUUAAAAAUGCAUGAGAGGAUUCACACUGGAGAGAAACCAUAUAAGUGUGCACACUGUGACAAGAGAUUCAGUAAAUUAUCAGGUCAGAAAAUACAUGAGAGGAUUCACACGGGAGAGAAACCAUAUAAGUGUGCACACUGUGACAAGACAUUCAAUGAUUCAUCAUCUCUGAAAAUGCAUGAGAGGAUUCACACUGGAGAGAAACAUUAUAAGUGUGCACACUGUGACAAGAGAUUCAAUGAUUCUUCAUCUCUGAAAACGCAUAAGAGGAUUCACAUUGGAGAGAAACCUUAUAAGUGUGCACACUGUGACAAGAGAUUCAGUGUGUCAUCAUAUCUGAAAACACAUGAGAGGAUCCACACUGUAGAGAAACCUUAUAAGUGUUCACACUGUGACAAGAGAUUCAUUAAAUCAUCAGGUCAGAAAACACAUGAGAGGAUUCACACUGGAGAGAAACCUUAUAAGUGUUCACACUGUGACUGGAGAUUCAGUGUGUCAUCAAGUCUGAAAAUACAUGAGAGGAUUCACACUGGAGAGAAACCAUAUAAGUGUUCACACUGUGACAAGAGAUUCAGUGAUUCGACACAUCUGAAAACACAUGAGAGGAUUCACACCAAUGAAACCAAAUAAGUAAAUGUACUGCAUUUAUAUAGCGCUUUCAACAGAUCCCAUGGCCAUCCAAAGCGCUUUACAAGUUGCCUCACAUCUACCCAUUCACUCACUCAUUCAUACACCGACUGAGGUGUCAGCCAUUCAAGGCACCAUCCAGUUUGCCGGGAGCAGCUGGGGUUAGGUGUCUUGAUCAAGGACAUGUCAACACUUGGUGGAACCAGAAACCUGCAGAAUAAAACACUAGGAGCCAGAAACCUGCAGCAUAAAACACGAGGAGCCAGAAACCUGCAGAAUAAAACAAGAGGAACUAGAAACCUGCAGAAUAAAACACUAGG